AUGGCGUCUGCUACUCAGGCGAUGGCAAGCGAGGGGCACAAUUUCCAGGUGGUGAUCGAGAAGCAGCCCGGUGACGACUAUGAGAUCGCUCCAGAGGAGGCAGAAGAGAUCCAGCCGGACCAUUAUUACGAAGAUGGCGGGAUACCGGUGUUUAAACCGACAAUGGAUCAAUUCCGUUCAUUCAAGGACUUUGUAGAUAAGAUCAACCAUUACGGCAUGAAGUCUGGAAUCGUUAAGAUUAUUCCACCACAAGAAUGGUACGAGACGCUUGCUCCACUUGAGGAAAAAGUCAAAGACAUUCGCAUCAAAAACCCUAUUGUACAACAUAUUGCCGGUAUGCAAGGCGAAUAUCGCCAAGAGAACGUCGAGAAACAACGAACCUACAACUUGCCGCAAUGGCGUCAGCUCUGUGAGGGUGCCGAACACCAGCCCCCAGCAAGGCGCGGUGAGAGAAGGAAAGGACAGGUCGCGAAAGAAGUCGCUGUUGGACGCAGAACCAGAUCCUCAAGGAAAUCCACCGUGGCUCCCGAUCUCCCUGAUAAAGAAGAAAAGGACGAAGAUGCCGACGAUGAAGUUAGGCCUACAAACGCGAGAAAGCGAAAUCUUCCCACCCCGCCAGAAAAACUGAAAGAGGAAGAACCUGGAAGCCCAAAAGUACUUACGGAUUCUCACGGACGUCAACCUAGAGUUAGCGCUAUCAGUGGCGUUGAUGUUGAUGGAGGCGAUGGAACACCAGAGCCCUUGACGGACAGCCAUGGCCGUCAACCAAGGCAACGGAAGAAGUAUGUCAGGAAGACUGCCAAGGCCAGGGAAGCUGAGCAAGCAAUGCUUGACGACGAAGCUUUUGAGGGGUUCGAUUACCGGAUUACCAACGCGGACGAAUACACGCCUGAACGUUGCGAAGAGCUUGAAAAGGCUUACUGGCGUACAUUGACCUACAGCAACCCACUGUAUGGUGCCGAUAUGCCUGGCAGCUUGUUUGAUGACAGGACCAAAUCUUGGAAUGUGGCCCACCUUGAAAACUUGCUUGACUGUCUAGGAAAGAAGCUUCCCGGUGUCAACACAGCAUAUCUUUAUCUGGGGAUGUGGAGAAGUACCUUCGCGUGGCAUUUGGAGGAUAUGGACCUUUAUAGCAUCAAUUAUAUCCACUUCGGCGCACCAAAGCAGUGGUACUCGAUAUCAAGGUCCGAUAAAGCCAAGUUCGAAGAGGUUAUGAAGAGGACUUGGCCGAAUGAUUCGAAGAAAUGUACAGAAUUUUUGAGGCACAAGAGUUAUCUCGUCUCCCCAUCACUCCUUGCCAAUGCUGGUAUCAAAGUCAACAAAGUCGUUCAUCAUCAGAGAGAGUUUAUUAUAACAUUCCCAUACGGCUACCACUCCGGCUACAAUAUGGGCUAUAACUGCGCUGAAAGUGUUAAUUUCGCGACAGAAUCUUGGCUGGAAUAUGGGCGCACCGCAAAGAAAUGCGAGUGUAUCAAGGAUUCGGUAUGGAUCGAUGUGGCCGAAAUUGAACGGAAAUUGAGAGGGGAAUCCACGGAGGACGAGUACGAAGAAGUUGAGUACUAUGGAGGAUAUGAUGACGAGGAUGACGAGGAUCAAGAUGAGGCGAUGGAUCUUCCGACCCCCCCUGAAAGUGUAGAAGGCAAGACGGCGAAACUGAAAAGUAAGCCUAGAAAACGAAAAGCGCCGGAAGAUGGGUCGGAAGCGCCGAUCAAGAUCAAAAGGCUUAAACUUAAAUUUUCGAAGGCUCCUCAAGAGCCAGAGCCGUGUAUCCUUUGCCCGAAUAAUAUUCCUAGCGAAGAAUUGGUAGCAACAGAUGAUGGUCAAAACGCACACAGGCUGUGCGCUAUCUACACACCCGAGACAUUUUUCAGCUGGGACCCUUCCAUUCAGAAGGAAGUUGUCGCGAAUGUCAACGGAAUCCCUAAGGCCCGCAUUGAUCUCAAAUGCGUCUUUUGCCGAUCGAAAAAAGGCGCCUGCUUUCAGUGCUCGUCGAAAAAAUGCACCCGGGCCUACCAUGCUACGUGUGCGGCUGCUGCUGGUGUUCUGGUCAAUAUGGUUGAUGUGCCUGUUUUCGGCGAGGACGGCCAGUAUUAUACCCGUACCGAAAUCGACUUCCGAUGUAGAUUCCACAGACCCAAACGAGCCAAGGAUAUAGACAUCGAACACCUAGAGAAUGAUCCGCUAAUAAGGUCUUUUGGGAGCCAUUUAAUCAAGGGUGAUGUCAUUCAGAUGCAGUUCCUGAAGGGUGAAAUAUUUGCCGGUGUUGUCAUCGAGAACAGACGUAGUGAGGAAAUGGUUCUCAUCCAGGUCCUGCCGAAAGGUGAUAUCUGCGAAAUUGAGUGGAAAUGGAUACUUGCACAAGAUCCUUCAACUAUAAACAUACCAGAACCGCUUACUGAGAUGCCGUUGAAUCCUACCCCCCAGCAAGCUGGAAUCGCAACUCGGAGAGUUCCUAAGGAGAUUCCCGACAUUGAUGAUUGUUUCGGCGAACCCACAAGUGGGUUAAAAUGGGCUGAAUUUGUCAUCGAGAGACCAGCAUUCAACGAAGACCAAGCCCCUAUCGAUUUCACAAAGCCGUUCUGGCACUAUCUCGGCGAGUUAUCAACCGAAUACAUUUCAAAAUAUUCGGAGGAUCCGCGAAGGCGUAUUCCGAACGAGGCUGCUAAUCUUAUUCCCUCGAGAAAACCGAAGCCUAGAAGACAGACGCUACCCAAAGCAGCCGCAUUUAACUCGCACAUGCAGAACGCCACUGCUAGUGGGUACAUGGGCUAUGCUCAGGGACUUUCGCCGCAGCAGCAGGCAGAGCAGCGUUACCAGCAACAGCUCCAGCAACAUCAAGCUCAACAGCGGAGGUUUAUGUACAACCAUCCGCCCAGCCAGGGUUACCAUGGUGCGCCCGUUGCACCAAUGGUUGGGCAGCUGCCACAGCAUCAACUGUGGCCUCCUGUCUACAGACCUGCAGAUUUUCCUAUGCAGCAUGCGCAGGAUAUGGGUACAAAUAUGCCCGCUACUGGGCAGUUUAUGGCUCAGUCUGUUGAUCAACGCAGGGCUGCACACAUGGCUGCUGCCGCGCUGUCGAUGUCGCCACAUGGAAUAUUCAGUAAUGAUAUUCCUUCUCAGGUAUCAUCAGGCUUAGCCGAAAUGGAUGCCUCGAAUGCACACGAAGAUAAUGCUUCAAGUAUCGCCGCAAUGGAGGAUACUAUAAUUGCCACAUCGCCUAUCAUUCAAAAUGCCGAUGUUUCACCAAACCCUCAACUCGUGACUCCGCUGAAAUUUGAACCACAGGACGAUCAGUCAUCAUCCAACACGGCCAAAGCCAACACCGUUCCCAUGCCGGCGCCCGUUACUCCCCCACAGUUAAAUGGAAAUAAUCCGCUUUCUACACCAUCGUCCGGAGCUCCAAAUCCUCCCCCCCAACAAGGGUCUGAAGCUCCUCCCCAACCCAAACCCACCCCCACAAAGGUGGUGCCGUUAGCAGACAUCCAGGCAGCGCUCGCGAGACUUGCCAAGGCCAAAGCUGAUACGGAGGCAAGAAUGCGAUCACAGGAACAAGUCCAGUCCUCACAGGCACAAAGUCAAGCUACACCACAGCAAGCGGCCUAG